AAGCCUGUGACAUGGAUGAUUGUUUCUGUGGUGCUGCAAUGUGACAUUUGAAGUGUGUCUCUUCAACUGGUCCUACUGCCUGGGAAGCCCGAGCCCCCCGGGGGAGCGGGCGAAGCGCCCGGCGGCAUCGUCUACUCGCGCGUGGCGCCCGAGCACGGCCUCAGGGAAUACCUGCAGGGCGCCGAGCCCGCCGCCGGCCCCGCCGCGGCAGAGCCGGCCCCCAGCCCGGCCCCGGCCUCUGCGGCCGCCGCCGCCCCGGGCCCCGAGCCCGGCACCAAACAGCCGCCGCAGCCGGAGCCCCCCCCGGCCCCCUCCUCCCGCGAGGAGAGCUGCCACUUCCUCAAUGCCAUCUUCCUCUUCCUCUUCAGGGAGCUCAGGGACACUGCCCUGGUCAGGGACUGGGUCACCAAGAAGAUCAAGGUGGAGUUCGAGGAGCUGCUCCAGGCCAAGAUGACGGGGAAGGUGCUGGAGGGGCUCAGCCUCAGGGAGGUCUCUCUGGGCGAUGUCCUGCCCGUGUUCAAGUCGGUGAAGCUCAUCCGGCCGGUGUGCUGCAACGAGGAGGGCUGUCCCGAGGAGCUGGGCUUCGAGGUGGACCUGGAGUACAAUGGUGGCUUCCACCUGGCCAUCGACGCCGACCUGGUCUUCGGCAAGUCGGCCUAUCUCUUCGUGAAGAUCUCCCGGGUGAUGGGGAAGCUGAAGCUGGUCUUCACACGGCUGCCCUUCACUCACUGGUUCUUCUCUUUCAUGGACGACCCCGUGAUACUGUUCGAGGUGAAGUCUCAGUUCGAAGGGAGGCCCAUGCCCCAGCUCACUUCCAUCAUAGUGAACCAGUUCAAGAAGGUUAUUAAGCGCAAGCACACCCUCCCCAAUUAUAAAAUCAGGUUCAAGCCAUUUUUUCCAUUUCAAGUAUUGCCAGCUGAUGAAUACGAAGAUCGAGACCUCUGUAUACAGGAUUUUCUAUUGACAGAAGGUCGACUAAAAGUCACGUUAAUUGAAUGUACAAGGUUGUUUAUGUUUGGAUCCUAUGAAAGAGAAACAAAUGUUCAUUGCACAAUGGAGCUGAGCAGUAAUGUUUGGGAAGAAAGAUCAAGAAGUUCUAUUAAAACGGCAGAGCUGGUGAAAGGGAAUCUCCAGAGCGUGGGGCUCACGCUGCGGCUGGUGCAGUCCAAGGAGGAGGAUGCAGGACACGUUGUCAUCGAAACUGUGACCCCAAACUCCCCUGCUGCAGCUGCUGACCUGCAGAGAGGGGACAGGCUCCUGGCCAUUGGCAGUGUUAAAAUCACAUCAACGGUCCAAGUGUUGAAGCUCAUUAGACAGGCUGGGGACAGAGUUUUAGUGUUCUAUGAAAGGCCUGUUGGGUAUAAUCAGCACGGUCCAGCACUGCAGGAUGGAUUUGGACACUUGGAAGACACUGCAUUCUUGGCACCCCCAGAAGAUGACCAGGCCAGUGUAGCAACUGAUGUGGACAGCAGGGAUUUUGAUUCCGAGUUUGAGGACUUGGCCUGUGAGUCACCUGACCAGAAAGAAGAGCCGCCAACAAAUCCGAGUCCCAAACGCUCAGUGGUAAUACUGGCUGCUAAACCUCUGGGAACCAUUUCCCCCAUCCUGAAUCGGAAACUGCAUUUGGGAAGUCACCAAACAACAUCCAAACCGCAGCACAAAGACACAGCCAGAGCGGCAGCAGCCAGAGGCAGCGAGAGUUCAGAGGCAUCCCAGCAGUCGGGGAAACAGUCACAAGCGUCCAGUACUAAGCCUCCUGUGCCACCUAGGCCACAAAGUAGGCCUAGUUUUUCUCCCAGUGAAAGCCAAAAUGUGUUAGAAACUGCAGGUGUGUGUUCUGAUAAACCAGAGAGGCCACCUCCGCCUACAAAUAAUGGAGAAAAGUCUACAGAGAAGGUAAUUAAAAAUAGUGAUCAAACAGAAGACCCAGCAGUAUCAAAAGUAGUAACAGCACCAAAGCAAGAUGCAUUCAAAGAUGGACUUUCAGAAACUGGACGUAGCAGCAAAGAUGGUGAUGAUCAUCGACCGUGGGAAUCACCAGAAAUUCCUUAUAAAACCCGGCAAGGCCGAUGGCAGAGGACGAGAACAUCCUCCUGUCUGUUUGAAGUAGAAGGAUACCAUAAGUACCUUAAUGUUGCACUGUGGUGCAGAGACCCUUUCAAAGCAGGUGGUUUUAUCUGCUUAGGGUAUGUAAGCAUAAAACUUGAAGAAAUUGCUUUAGAUUGUAUAGCUACAUCCUCAAUGGAGUUUGUUAGAACAUUUAGACUGACUGCUCCUACCCCGAAAGCAGCAGUCAGUAGAACAGCACUGCGGAAUUUGACGACCCAUAAGGGUUUCAAUGAAAAAUUUUGCUACGGCGACAUAACUUUACAAUUCAAAUACUUAAAAGAAGGAGAAAUAGAUGAUUCGAACGUUGCUCUGGAGAAAGAGAGGGAUUAUCACUCGGAAGAAGAAGCUCAUGCACUUCAGAAAGAGGAUCCUUUCUUGGGACAGGUUCUUACGGAGCACAAGCAUAACUUUCAAGAUACUCAGUUUCAGAAUCCAACCUGGUGUGAUUACUGCAAAAAGAAAGUGUGGACUAAAGCAGCUUCACAGUGCAUGCUCUGUGCUUAUGUUUGCCAUAAAAAAUGUCAAGAAAAAUGUUUAGCUGAGAUGCCCUUUUGUGCCGGAGCUGAAAAGCGGCCCGAUCGAACCAUGGGAGGUGGGAGAGCAGAAGGACAGGAGGCUCCCCCGGCCACGUCCUCUCGUGUAGAUUCGGAGCCCAAGUCCGUGAACAGAACUACAGGUCUGACCAGGCACAUCAUCAACACGAGCACCCGCCUGCUCAACCUGCGGCAGGUGCCCAAGGCCCGCCUGGCCGAGCAGGGGGCGGAGGUGGCUGAGCCCUCCCCAAAGCACACCCCCAACACCUCUGACAACGAGAGCAGCGACACGGAGCUGAGCGGGCCCAGCAGCCCCUCGAAGCGCGCGGGCAGCGGCAUCAAGCUGGUGCGCAAGGAGGGCGGGCUGGACGACAGCGUCUUCAUCGCCGUCAAGGAGAUCGGCCGCGACCUCUACAGGAGCCUACCCACCGAGGAGCGCUUCCAGAAACUGGAGUUCAUGCUGGACAAGCUGCAGAACGAGAUAGACCAAGAGCUGGAAAACAACAACUCGCUCGUUAAAGAAGAAAAAGAGACGAGCGACCCGAGGAAAAAAGCCCUGAUCGCUGCCGCGCUGGCCAAGUCGGGGGAGAGACUGCAGGCCCUGACGCUGCUGAUGAUCCACUACAGGGCAGGCAUCGAGGACCUCGAGUCCACGGAGAACACGCCCUCAGAGCGACAGGCCAAGAGAGGGACUAAGGAUCCCGAGGAGUGCGGGGUAGCAGAAGAGAUGGAUGGUGAAGAUGUCAGCCUGACGGAGGCUCCAACACUCAACAUCAUAUCGGAAGAACCGGCUGACCCACCUCAAUCAGUAGACUGAUAUUUACAGAUUUAGUCUGAAGGAAUGGACUGAAAGAACGCUUUGCACUUAACUCCAAACACACACAAAUUAAAUUAAAACACUGGUGUAAUGUAUGUGUCCUGCUUUCCACAGUUAAUUGCUAAUAAUGGUUCUUCUCCAGCUACGGCACCAUCGGUUUGUUAAACUGGCUGGUUAGAACUACAUCUUGGGGUUUAUAUUGGAAAUUUAUUUUUAAUAACUUAUUUUUAUUUUUUUCUAAUUAUAUGACCCUACCAUUUCACAUCAGUGUGUGUGAUUUCCUUAAUGUAUUACUUGCCCCCACUUCCCCUCCCCUUAUUUUUGUUUUUUUUUAGCUAUUGUUUUCAAUGGGAAACUGGCAGGAUUUUCAAAAUGUUUAGUUUCCAUUGAAUGAUGAAAGCAUUAUAAGCUUGUUGCAUGCCUAAGCUGAUGACUGACCCAGAAGUCACUGAGGGGCCAGGCUUUAAGUGUUGAUCACAGUUUUGUUGUAUGUCUUCUCAGUAGUUGUGUAUUUUUUGCCAAACAUAUCGUGAAAGCAAACAAAACGUCUUCAAUUUUCGUCUGUUGCUAAUACUGAAGUUAACAUUGCAUAUCUUUUGUUUCCCAUCUUCUUGUUAAAUACAAAAACUUUUCAUAGUUUGUGAUUAACAUGAAAUAUAGUAAUGCUAUGCUAAAAAAAAUCCUCCUUAGAACCUUGGGCUAUUGUAUCCUGAUUGAAUAAUAUUAGAUAUCAAAGUACAUGCUGGUAUCUCCUAAUAAUUGAGAUAAGAGGCUGGUUGCCUUCCAGAAAAAACCCAUAUGUGUAAGUGUUGUUGUAUUAUCUGAUAACCUGAUAAAGGAAAGGUGGUCUUCAUAAGAGUUGGAGGUUUCAUUGCAUUCUGUAAAAAAACAUGUAAGGAUGGUUUAAGUAAUAGAAAAAAAAGGAAUAUUUUGCUGCAGACUAUCAUUUUGGAAACUUAAGGUACAAAAUAAUAGCUCAACAUGUUCUCUAAACACUUUUGAGUAGUCAUAUAGUGGUAAGUUGCAUUCAGCUUCUCAGACAAAAGCUCCAGUCUGAGGACAAGGAUCACCUUUGUCAGCAGAAUGUCCUAUAGUGUAUAUAACAUGUUUUGUUUGAGUCAGUGUGUGAGUCCAGUAGAGACGAGGAAGAAGUUCAGCAGCUGCUUUGGAAAAGAACUGUCUGGUCUUGUGCUCUGUGUAAACUGUGGAUCUUAGCAUAUCCUGGCUAAGGCCAUUGUUCUUAUUUAUUUCCUGUAAACGUGUCUUUGUUUCAUCUUCUGUGUAUAGAAAUUUUGUACAAAAUAUCAUCUUUAUUUUAGGUACUGUGCUAGGUACUCGUAUCAUUAUCACUGGUAUCGCUGGUAGUAGAAAAAAAAAUGCCUUUGUGGGAGUGGAGUUUAGGAUGGUAAUUAACUCCUUUGAUUUUUGAGGUCGUCUGUAAUGUACCUCUCCUUUGGAUUUGCUUCUCAGUUUAUUCUGUGAUGGGCAAAAUUAAGAAGCAGUGGUUUUCACCAUGGAACAGCAUACCUGUGCUUCUAAAAAAAAUGGUUACUUCCAUUCAUGCAACUACUUGCACUUUUUUGUGAGUUCUGGGCAGUUGAUACUUAGUUGAUGUAUGGAAAACACUAUCCAUGCUAAAACAGGCAUGUGACACACUCUGAAAUUAAGCUUCAGCAGAUAAUCGCACAGAAUUAGCCUUCCUUACUGACUCCAAGUUAUUUAACCUGUACUUGCUUGAGAUGCAUAUUAAGAGUUCCCCACUCCAUUUCUCGGUGGCUUACCAUUGGUGGUGAUCUGCAUUCAGUGCCCAGCAGUGUUUGCUCUUAUGGACUACAGAGGUUUUCAAAUAUAUCCAAGUGCUUCAUUGAAACCCUGGUGCACAUGAAGGAGCUGUGAAAACAAUGCAAAUACUGAUUUCAACAAAACAGUCACGGUUUUAAAUUGACUCCUGUAACACAGUGGGUAAGAAAAGCUGGAUAUAGUUUUCCUGUAGUGUCGCUGAUGCUGAUGAUUGUAAGAGGAAAAUUAAACGUAGUGCAAUAUUUUUAAAUAUACCGAAUGGGAAAAGGGCAAAAUAGUUGUAUUUUAGUGAUAAGAAGGAAAACAGAAAUUUCUGUCUGGCAUUAAUUACAAUAACCAGUGAAUCUCGAGGGGGAAAUUGUAAUUCUACAUUCCUGAUGUAAUCUUGGCUUUAUGCUUGACUGUAAAUAGCGGAAAAUAAAGAAUACCACAGAAAACAAGAAUAUCUUGACUUAAUGACAUCUGAAUGGGUGGCAGCUACACACAUUUGCAGAAAACCUGCCUAAUAUGAUUUUGUUGGCUAUUAUUUUAUCAUGAGAAUAAGCUUUAAUAAAAUAGUUUUGCUAAAUUAUCAA